UCUCAGCUUUUGUCACCAGAAGGCUGUUAUGUAGAGUGAGCAACCCUAACAACAUAACAGCGUCAUUUCAUGUUUUCUCUGCAAUGCCUAAGAAGAGCUGUGCACCUGGAUAUAAAUGGGACUCAUUGCUUCAAGUUUGCAUGCCCAGGGAUCUUGGGCAUCAAAUGCCCACUGAGCCGUUCCUAACCAAUCUGGUCCGGAUGAAGAACAUGCCCGCUGCUGACCAGACAGUGGUCCCGCUGAAGAAUAGGCCCACUGCUGACCAGCAACUGGUCCGGCUGAAGAAUACGCCCCCUGCUGACCAGACAGUAGUCCAGCUGAAGAACUCGCCCCCUGCUGACCAGAAGGGGGCAGUAUUUAUCCCACAAGUGUUGACUGUUGUGUUGCUGAUCACUCUGGCCUCCCUUGUGGCUCUGACCAUUUGGCUGGUCAUAUACAGAAGGCACAAAAGACAAUCCACAGAGGAGGUGCCACCAGAGCACCCACUUCUGAAAACAGACCCACCUCACUGUGUGCCCCCAUCUGAGGGCUGCAGCACUUUACUCCACACCGCCACUGUGUGGCAAGAAGGAGUGAGUCCUGAAAGUGAGAGCACAGAACAUGAAGGGAGGGACUGGAGUGGGCUCAAAGGAAGUGCUGUGAGACAGGAGACUGUUCCACUCCCAGCUACAGAGCUGGUCACCACCAAAACUCUUCCACUCCCAGCUACAGAGCUGGUCAGCCCCAAAACUCUCUAAUGCUUUUCUAUGUGUUCUGUUACUCACAAUGUAUUUGAAAUGUUGUGCUGCUGAUCCUCAUCAGAGAUGUGUUCACUAUAUUUACACAGAAAUAGUAACAUUUUGUACCUUAUUUACAAGAAGUGUUGGAAUUAAACAUCUCUGCAGUAAAAGAGAAA